AUGGAUAAUAAAGUCAAUAAGCGGGAAACUUGGGGCAAGACGAUCGACUUUGUUCUUGCCCUCGUAGGGUUCUCUGUUGGACUGGGAAACAUUUGGCGCUUCCCGUACCUUUGCUAUAAAAAUGGUGGAGGUGAGUGUAGAUGGCGUGACGGUUGAUGAUAAUUACUGUAAAUUUACUUGUAUUAUGUAAGUGCUGGUGCUUUUGAUAAUCUGGCGAAACUUCAUUCGUUUCCAUUUGAGUAUGUUCGAAUAAAGCGCGAAGGAGCAACUGCAGAAUACCUUGCCACUUUGGUCCACCUCAUUUAUGUGUCGGGAGGCUUCGAAGAUGGAGGCAUAAUACAACAAACUGUAUUCUUAUUCAGUGACAUGUAAAUGAGUGGCAGGGUAUUCUGCAGCAUAGCCAGCUUGAAAAACAAUUAACAGUUCGUAAAAUAUGUCUUUGGUCAAUCUUGUUUUGACAUCCAUUCACCACAUUAUACUGAGAUGCCUCCGUCCGUGCGUCACUCACGUCAAGGCCAUGCAUGUGUCUCACAAGCCAUAGGCUAUAAACUCUAUUUGAUUAGAUUUGAAAAUUUUAUCUGGUGGCCACGUGAUGUACUUAACAAUGAAUCUGAAAGCUGUUUCUUUCUGUCUUGCUGAGACCAAGUGAGCAAGCGAGUAAUCCCAACAGUCAAACUUGUUUUGAACGGCUUCUUUCACCACUUUAAACUAACAAACAUAUAUCUCUGUGUCACUCGGGUCAAUGCCUCGUGCCUCAACACUAGGCUGCAAACUUUAUUUAAUUGCAUUUGAGAACUUUGUAUAGAUGCCUAAUGAUGUACCUGACACUGAAUUUGAAAAACUGUUUCAUUUUUGUCUUGCUGCGAGCAACUAAUAUAUUUCCGUGACUUAAGUAUAACGUUAGGCACGAUCGAACAAUCGUUUAAGAAUGUUUACAAAGAAUACAAUUUACCUACUACUUAUGCAAAACAGUGACGUCUUUGAAACUUUAGCAAGGGCUUAAGGGCCAUUAUUUUAGUAAACUAUUCUAUAAGCUUGAAAACUUUUCUUUUCGUUGUUAGGAACAGAAAUCGAAAAGUUUUUGCAUGCAUGGAAAAAUACAAAUAUGCAGAUUUUAACUGAAACCAUUCCUAGACUACUCUACACUGCUUCCAUUUUGAAAUAGUCAAGAUAUAAUUGUUUCAGAUCUUUCUGAAUAUAAUUAAUUUUCCUUUUGUUUGGAUGGUCUUUUGCCUCAAGCGAUUUAUCGUCGGUUUAUGAUCAAAAAAUUGCGUUGACAACAAAGCUGACCAAUGUAUACUAUUUAAGAAUUAGAAACAGCAAGCUUUUCUUUACAAUUAAACAUUAUUUGCUGAUUUAAACGCAAUGAACAGGUUUUCGUUAAGAGGUGCACUUGACGAAGAAAGCCUCUGGCUGAUGUGUUUUCCACUAAGUUGUGAUUCGUUCUUGAUUCAUUAUUCACAUUUUUGCUUUGUUUUCAUGUGUUACCGGGUACCUCAUGUAGGAUGUUUUCUGAUCCCGUACCUAAUUUGCCUCGUUUUUGCUGGUGUCCCUGUUCUAAUCCUGGAAGUUUGUCUGGGGCAGUUUGCAAGUCAAGGUGGAAUUACAGCAUGGCUGAUAUGUCCGCUUUUUCAAGGUUUGCUUUUAUCGAUUUAAAUGUAUGUAAUAGUUCAAUCGUUGGUUUUUGUCCCAUUGGGUGUGGCAAACGAUAAUCGAGAAAUCAUGAUUAUAAUUUUCUUCGUAACCCCGUUAAUGAUAAGAAAUAGCGAGUGUAAGUUUCCAUAAGAAACUGUGGUGCUGUGUCAGUAAGUAGGGGAGGAGGGAGGGGGAUAUCCCGAUAUAAUUUUGUGCUAUCAGCCGAGUUUAUAAUGAAAAAUGGCCACCGUAAAAAGAUUUUAAGGUAAAGAGAUUCUAACGUUUCGAGCAUCAGCCCCCAUUUAACAUAAAUGUUUAAAAGAGCGAAGUAUUACUAAUACGUGACCAUUAAAUAACGUAAAAAUAGGUUACAUCGAUAACAAUUCGAGGGAAGAAGUCAAAUUGGCUGAUGUAACAUUUCAAAUACCUUUUACUGUGUCAUUGAGUGCCGACAUCUUGUUAGCGUUAAGUAAGACGAUUAACGAUUUUCAAGUUGUACUCAAGAGAAUAUCGUCAGUUGAUAUUUUCUUGUUGUACUACAUUACACCGGGUCUUGACAAUUUUCCGCCAUUUGCUCGCACUAGGUCUUCCAUUCAGCUUUAGAGAAAGUGAGAAUGUAUGGGAGGAACGAAAUACCUACAAUCAGGCAUUUUCUUUUACCUUUUUGCGUUCACGAGAGACUGAUAAGAUAUGAAUAUGAAAACGAUCUUGGCAGCAAUGAAUAGUACUUAGGCAGUAGUGAGAAUGAGGCCUGAAAAGAAACUCAAGCCUAUACGGGAUUUUAACCCAUGGCCUUUGCGAUACCAGUGCAAUGAUCUAUCAACUGAUCGAGUUGACAAGCCAGCUGGCAGCUUGUCAUUAUGUUGGUUUGCAAUAAACCCGUGAAGUGAUGAAUCGAUGGCAGUGCAUAUAUGAAAAUAUUUAAGAAAUGAAUAUGAAAGCGAUCCUUUCAUUAAUGAAAACUACUCAAGCAACAGUGAAAGUAAGGCCUGAAAAAAAUUCAGGCCUGUACGGUAUUCGAACCCAUGACCUCUACGAUAUCGGGUUUAUUACGAACAACAACUUACAGUGAAUAUAUAUACAUAUAUACAUAUAUAUACAUAUAUAAACAUUUGAACUUUGAUUUCAUUGCAGGCAUUGGAUGGGCAAGUGUCAUCAUCGUUCAGUUUUUAAACAUAUAUUACAUCGUCAUCCUUGGCUGGGCUCUGUUUUACAUGUUCGCAUCUUUCCGAUCCGAGCUUCCCUGGUCUCGCUGUGGCAAUGAAUGGAACACACCGAAUUGUAUUGACUAUGUCACAUCUGAAAAAGGCUCCAGCAAUACCACAGUCUUACCAACCGUAAUGGCGAGCAUGUCGAACAUGUCAACAGUGCCAACUGCAGUGGCAAAGGCAGCUAAAGUGUCUGCGAGCGAGGAGUAUUUUGAGUGAGUGAAGCUGUAAGGUAGUUUAAUAUUAACUCUUUGACCUCUAAGAGUAACUUAUUACCCCUGACUCAAACAGUUAGGUCACGAAAAUUUUAAAAAAAAUUAUCACCAACUAAAGAAGCUCUUUAUUGUUAAACAAAUUUUCCUUACAGCCACUUUAACAAAUGUCAAAGUCAAAUGAACAGUAUGCGUUAUGUGUAAAAGAUUAUGGGCAGCGUCCCGAUGUUUUAAGCUUAUUUAUUGCGGGAAAAAAGAGUACCUUGUACUCGAAACUAGUCGAUCAGUCGGUAAAUCGGCCAGUUGGUCAGUCAUUCAUUUGGUAAAUCAGCGGGUCGGUCAGUUAGUAGGUUAGUCACUCAGUCAGUUGGUAGGUCAGUUAGUCAGUCGGUCAGGCGGUUAGUCGGUCGGUCAGCUGGUCGGUCACUUGUUCAAUCGGUCUGUUGGUCAGUCAGUCAGUUAGUUAGUCAGACGACCAGUUAGUCAGUCAUCCAGCCAGUCAGCCAGUCAGCCAGUCAGCCGGUCAGUCAGUUGGUCAGUCACGCGGUCAUUCGGUCAGUCAACUAGUUUGUCAGUUGUUCAUUUGGUCUGUUGGUCAUUUGGUCAGUUGAUCAGUCGGUUGGUUUGUCAGGCAGUCAGUUGGUAAGUCAGCUAGUUGGUCAGUUGUUCAAUCGGUCUGUUGGUCAGUUGGUCAGUAGGUCAAUCACUUGGUUUAUCAGGCGGUCAGUCGGUCAGUCAGCCAUUUAGUUAGUUGUUCAGUCGGUCUGUUGGUCAGUUGGUCAGUUGGUCAGUUGAUUAGUUGGUCAGUUGGUCAGUUGGUCAGUUGGUCAGUUGGUCAGUUGGUCAGUUGGUCAGUUGGUCAGUUGGUCAGUUGGUCAGUUGGUCAGUUGGUCAGUUGGUCAGUUGGUCAGUUGUAGUCAGUUAGCCAGUCAGUCAGUUGAUCAGUCGGCCGGUGGGUCAGUUGGUCAGUCAGUCAGUCGGUCAUUCAUUUAGACAGGGAAGAUUACUAUUAUUAUUUUCACGCAGAGUAUCAUCAAUAUGAACAAUUGAACAAAUAUAUCUAGUAGGCGGGUUCAUAAGUCACCGAGCCCCGCGAUGAUUACCAACUACAUUACUUACCUAUCUUUCCAGACAUAGAGUCUUAAAGCUGAGCACUGCUUUGGAUGAACCCGGCAUAGUGAACUGGGAAGUAGCUUUGUGUCUCUUGUUGGCUUGGAUUAUCUGUUACCUCUGUGUUUUCAAAGGUGUCAAAUCCACAGGAAAGGUGAGGGAGCUGUAAUCUUAACAUUUUUAAGUUUCUUGCUCUCUUAGGUUGCCUCUCAUAGAGAGAAUUAUGUUGUUAAGUAAAAUUUUCUUCCGAGUCUAAGGGACUUUUAAAUUUUAUACUCUUGUUUGAGAUAAUUUCUGUUAUAAGAAACGUAUCUAACCUUUUGUUUCUAAUUGACGUUCUUAUAACUUCGGUUUACCAAUGAAACUCCCACAGGACUUUCCUCGAGAAUUGAAUUUUUAUCAUAUCUCAUUAAAAGCUAAAUUCGAAAGGGUUAAGGAAUAUCUAAAUUAUUUUAAAUCUUUUAACUGGCACUUCUUUCUGGCCUUUCAUUCUUUUCUGGCCUUUUAUUCUUUCACCCAAAUAAUUUCUUAGGAUAAUCUUAACAUAGUUAAUUUAAAACUUACGCUUUUUUCGUCUUGUCAACACGAUGAAUCGAACCUCCGACCUACGCGUUCUGAUACUCAACCUCUGAUCUUCGACUGACAAAAACUCUUCAUUUGACCCUGAUGAUGACUUCCGCUUAGUUUGUCGAAACGUCAGUCACUUCUACCAACAACAGUCCUUCUCGGGACUACCCCCACCAAGAAGAUUAAACCACACUUUCAAAUGUUGCAUCUGGGUUCAAAACAUUUACUAUACAGACAACAAUAUUGCCCAAUAUACUUAGCUAACAACAACAGCUCAGUAAAAAAAAAUCGUAAAAAAAAACAACAACAAACAAACAUACGGACAGGGAAAGGAACACAUCAUUACAUGAAUGAUAUCUUUCACAGGUUGUCUACUUCACUGCCACAUUUCCUUAUGUACUUUUGACGAUUUUGCUCGUUCGAGCCGUCACUUUACCUGGUGCUGCUGAAGGGAUCAAGUUUUACCUCACUCCAAAUUUUACUCGACUGGCUGAUGGUCAGGUGCGAAAUGAUGAAGAAAUGGGCCAAGUCAGAAAAACAUUUUUAUUAGUUAUUUAUCAACUAUAACCUUUAAGAGGGUUUCAAUGGGUUAGGUGUAAAAGUUGACAAUUUUAGACUGUUAUUCGUAAAAAAUGUUUACCGUAAGAAUUGUUCUUUUAAUUGCAACGGGAAAAAAAAACUGACUGUUAGCUGUUAAUGGGCCAAAAUUUUAACUGUUAGCCGUAAAAGCUAUUACCCCAUUGAGACCUACCUAUAAAUUAAAGUUUACACUUGGUCAUUUAUUUACUCUUAGUUUUUGUUCAAACUCGAAGGUGUGGCUUGAUGCUGGAACGCAAGUGUUUUUUUCAUAUUCUAUUGGACUUGGAACGUUGAUUGCCCUCGGGAGUUACAACAGAUUCCAUCACAACUGUUACAGGUUAGAAAACACAAGAACAUUUGCUUGGUUUCUUUGCCAAGAGUGUCGCCUCUUGUCUACUUGGUGACGUUUCGAUAACCUUUCCACAGUUCUAGCUGAGAUAUUAUGGCCUUGUUUGUAUGAGAUUACAUUUAGCGAAACUGAGCUUUCAAUCAGCAAAUUUGCUCACGUUUUAAAACCUAGAUGCUGCCUCGGAGAAUCUAAUUUACGAAUACAGUGACACCAUUGAUAGGAUUUUAUAAUGAAAGAGUCAAAGGGGUCGAACAUCUGUAUCUAUUUAAAACACAAUUACUAAGUAUUUCACGAUAGCGCGGUUUUCAGCUGGUCUUAGAUUGCUUUGCAUAAGUCUUUUUAACUUUUCCCCGUAAUUGGUCUAAAAAACUCUCUCCACCACCUUGAUCAAUCAAAUGCAAAACUAAAGCCAAUCUCAACUUGGUUACUCGUGUUUUCCCGCGCUUUACGCAGGGUGCCUGAUUAUAUCUUGAGUUCCCAUUGGUUCAUGGUAAUUCCACCCUUGUUCUGAUUGGUUUCUGUGAUCACUUGGGUUUUGGUUUUCGACUCUUAAUUGAAAACUCUCAAUAAAAUUAAAUUCUGAAUAAAUAAAAAGCAGAAGUGUAAGCUUGGAUGUCUUGUUUAUUUAGCGAAAAUUUGUGUUAAACAUUUUAACUUAACAAUUAAUGCUAUUUCUCGCACAGGGACAGCAUAAUAUUCGCUUGUGUAAACAGUGGAACAAGUUUCUACGGCGGUUUUGUGAUUUUCUCAGUUCUUGGCUUCAUGGCUCAGAAGCAAGGGGUUGAAGUGAAGGAUGUGGCAAAAGGGGGUAAGAAAUGACGGGUAGAGCCUGGGUAGAGUAAUUUUCAAACGAUUGUUCAAACCAAGUCGAGAUUGCAUUGGAUUUGCCUUCCAUCCCUAUGUAAUUAGUCCAGAAAACUCGUACCACUCUCGCAUAUGUUUAUUAGUUCAUUAAGUUGUAUCUUCUCAAACUUUGUUUAAGAAGAUCUUGUUCCCUCAUUCAGAAGAUAUUAGUUAUUUCACGAUAAAAUCUACCUGAUUUCCCGGGCUCUGUAAUAUACAUAUCAUCCCCCCUCACUGGCAGUUCAUUGGCAAUCAAAUUGUCUUAAGUCCCCUGUCUAUACUCUGUUGAUGGCGACUGAUCCCCUUCGUUUCCCCUGAAAACCAUGAGAUCCCCUCCCAAAUCCUCCAACCCUCCCCCCCAAGAAAAAAGUUGUUACUGGUCUCUAACUCAUCACAUCACCUCCUCCCCAGGUCCAGGACUUGCAUUCAUCGCUUACCCAGAAGCUGUUGCUCAGAUGCCUUUGGCCCCUCUAUGGUCGGUUCUGUUUUUCUUUAUGGUCUUCCUGCUGGGACUCGACAGCGAGGUAUUAGAGCAAAUUUGCAGUUUAUCAUACUUUAAACUGGAUAUCUCGUGUGUUUUACAAGUCUGUGCAUAGACAUUGAAGAAAACAUGAAGGCGCAUAUUAUGAUAAUAACCUCUAAUUUUUGUCUUAUUCCAAGUUUGUAGGCAUUGAGGGAUUUGUAACAGCCAUCGUAGACCUGUUCCCCAGACACUUAAGGCGUGGUUAUCGUAAAGAGAUGUUCAUCGCAUUUAUGUGCUGUAUCUGGUUUCUCAUUGGUCUGUCCAUGGUUACUAAGGUACCUUCAAAAGCAUAAAUGAUAAACGCAAAGAUCUUGUGUUAGAACUUUCUGGAACUAGGUUACAUGCAGGCCCUUAUUAUGAGCCCUACAGGACGCGUGUUUCUCCGCCUACGAAAAGAUUUGAGUCGAGUCGACGAGAGGUUUGCCUCUGGGAUCGGUACCGGGGAUCUGAGUGGCACUAAUAUGAGACCUACACUCACUGCACACUUCUUGCCGGUUUGCGUUUCUCAAAGCCUCUUACUUUUCCGCAGGCGAAGAAACUCUCGUGCCGAGCUCUAAUAGUAAGGGACCUUUAGCAAACCACGACGGCGAUGACAACGAGGAAGUGGCAAAACAAAAGAUCUAAUGAGCAGAACAAUAGCGCAGCUCGUGCGUUUUCAAAGUGUGUGCAUUUCUUAGCCGUCCUUUGCAAAAUGGCAACGCGAAAUCAUCAAAAUUUUCGUGGUCCGAGAAAUGAAACUUCGCCGGCAAAUUAUCUAAGUUUCUAUUUGGAACUCAACGCUGUUCUCGUAUGCUAUACUGAGGUUAACUUGCGGCACUGUAAGGGAUGUUAAUCAUAUCCACUCAUUCGCGAAAUUCCAGCUAAAAAUAUACAUUCAUUUUUAAAUCAACGUGCGCGUCUUCUUUGGCGUUGCCGUCGUAACUGCAAAAAAUCCCUAAUAAUUGGGAGCUUAAGCAAACCACGACGACGGCAAUGAGGACGCAAACCAACACCUCGAAAUCACCAAAAUUUGCGUGAAAUAAGAACGGAAACUCUGACGGUAGAUCAGUUAUGUUUCCAAUUUGAACUCAACCAUGCUCACAUGCGUUAAGCGUAAGUUGAGGUGUGGCAACGUAAGAGAUGGUAAACACGUCUAGUCAUUCGAGAAACUCUUACCAAAAAUAAGAAUUAGUUUUCUUAAUUUAAUUCACGUCUUCCUCGGCUUUCCCAUCCUGACUGCUUAAGGUCCUUAAUGAGGGCCUGAACAAGCUCUUCUGAAAAGUAACUCUACUUUUUUUAUAUCAAAUUCCUGGUUAAUGAAACCCCGAUCAAAAGCCUCCACAGAGUUUUUAAUUCAUUUAAUAUUCUCUCAUGAAAUUGAUAAUUUGCCAAAAAAAAAAAUAAUAAAAGAUCAUAGAACGUAAAAGCAAGUAAUUUUUCUGUAGAAGCGCUAACUUACGAAGUAUUUCUUUGUAGGAAUGCGGAAUAUGUUUUUCGACGACAUUUGCCUUAGUUUUAAAGGGAUAUGUAUUUUAUAUAGUUACAUACGAUUAAGAAAAUAUUGAGCAUAUGUAUCUUACUUAGAACAAAGCAAAGUGCUAUUUUAAACAUGACAAAACAACCGCAAUCGGCAAAAACAGAUAUAAGCUCUGGUUUUACAUAUUUAACUUUCCUCUAAUCCUAAAACAACGCUAUUGUGGUAGAACAGCAGUAAGACCUCUCUUUUUAGCCUACAUGCCAACGUUUCUCCUUGUUUCAUCAUAGAAAACGACUUCAAAAAUAGGUUAGAAGGUUACUAUUAUAACGAAAUAAAAUCUCAGGGCCGUGUGAGGAUUCCGAUCGAGCCUGUGUCGAUUUCUCAGUAAUUUCACGAUCAGACGAGCAGCGGAGAAAGCCUCCGCGAGCUUGAUCAUAUGAUAGGUUAUAAUGUCAUAUUCACUUCUACUAGUAGAAUUGCAACCCGUGAUUUUCGUUAAAUGUUGAUGUUUUUCUUUAUUUUUCAGGGUGGGAUGUACGUCUUUCAACUAUUUGACAAUUACUCGGCCAGUGGCUCUGCUCUUUUGUGGAUCGCCUUGUUUCAAAGUAUUGCCAUUGGUUGGAUCUACGGUAAGAAGAUAACAGUUACAACCAAAAGUGUGGACGGAGGUUCUAUUUAUACGCCUGAAUUGACUAAAAGUGAUCUUUAUUAAAACGUUUGAUUACAGAAUAUGCUUUAACCAACCGUCCAAAGGAGUUUUAACCUCCAAUGAACGUUACGAUAAGUUAGGGGGCAGUGCGAUUCCACAGUCCACGUUUCCUUCGAUCAUGCGCGCGUUUUCCAUUGUCUCAGUAUCUCGUGUGAACCGACCCAAUUCGAUUGGUUUUCCGAUAGGUGGUGAACGUUUUUACGACGAUAUGGAGAAUAUGAUUGGAUUUCGUAUUAACCCGUGGCUCAGGUGGUGCUGGAUGAUAUUCACACCUAUUUUCUGUUUGGUAAGACAGAAUAUUUAUUUAUCAGUCUCAGAAUUCAUUCUCAGUUUCAUUAUUAAACGUAAUAGAGAGGGGGGAAGGCAAUGACGUUAUUAGAUACAUGUUAAUUUACCGUGACGUUUAACACAUUGGCAUCUGGGUCAAGAGGGUCUCUGUUAAGCCUUGGCCAGAAUGGAAAUCUUAAUCUAAGAAAAUUAAGUGCAUGUCUUCUUUUGUAACAAUUCCAUUCCAUAGCGUUUCUUGAUUUCUUUAUUGCUUGAAUGUCGAUCUUUCUCUUCGCCAAGUUUGCAAAAAAUCUGUGUACACGGUUUAUAGCCAUUGUUAAUCGUAGACGAAAUUGUAUGUACGUUCCUUUUAAGAGUUUUAAAGACACAUUUCUAUAUGCUGAUCGCAGUUCAGUGAUAGAAAUGGGAGUCACCCCACUCGUUUUGUGUUGGAGGUACAUAAAGCAGAACAGUAAGGGUUUUCAAAAGGGUGGCAGUGUUGUUAUGGUAACCUGAAUUAGUUGAGAAAUUAUCACAAAUUGUUGAGAAAUAAUUAAACAUUUUUUUAUAUGACUUUCAGGGAAAUGAAAAGAAAAACCGUUGAAGCUACAGUCUAUCAAAGAGUAGCUGAAUAAAAAAUGAUAACAAAAUUAUUUCGAGCCACCUUAAGGAUUUUAUCUUUUUUGUCCAUAGGGUGUUUUCAUUUUUAGUCUAGUGACGUAUUCGCCUCUAGAAUACAACGGUUACAAGUACCCUGACUGGGGAGAAACCAUAGGCUGGAUCAUGGCUCUGUCUUCAAUCGUGUGCAUUCCAAUUGUGAUGAUAUACAAGUUGGCCACAACACCAGGCUCUCUUAGAGAGGUAACUACCACAUUAGUGUUCACUAACCUUUAAGGGGAGAAUGAGAAACAUGUUUGAAAAAGAAAUGUGUCAACCUCAAAUACCAUGCGUGACUGAAAAACUAGUGAUUGAAACGCCGGAAGUUGACUUACAUGAGUUUUAGAUGAAAACGUUUCAAUUGUCACUAAGACUCCUCAUUUUCCUUUGUACACACCAAGUACAAUCAUAAUAUUAUGCGUCUGUAUAUUUUAUCCCCAAUGUAAGCAAGGCAUUGUGAAUAUGUCUUGCAUAUAUUGGAGGAACCUCAACGGUUGCAUUGAGAAGUAUUGUGCUCGUCUCACAAUAAUUCGACCGGCUAUACUCGAAAGUUGCUGAGGUCAGGGCUCGGGCUUUGUUGCAGAGUCCACACCGGUCAGCAUUCCAGCUCUGGUCAGUUAUUGUAUUCAUUGACGAGACACUUGUGUAUCCAGCUCUCCUUAACCAAGAAUUAAUUAGCCAUUUUUACGAUCAACACUACGUUCCCACAGCCGUAGCCUUGACUUACUGGUUGAGAUCCAAGUAUUUCGAUGACAUGACAAGUCUUCUAAUAAUUUUACUCGCUAUACGUACACAUACUUAGUCGCGAGUGAUGAAAGCAAUCUUUGACAUCUUGUUGUAAUGAAAAUUCCUCACGGAAAAUAAGAAUCCUAUAGAAUUUGCGUCACCCCCAACCAAUGGCUUCGUUGCUCAGUUGGUACAUGGUGGUGACCAACAAUUAUCUGGGAGACACGGGUCCCUUCGGAGCCUGAAUCUUUUUAGGCUUAUCCUGCAAUGGCUAAAACUCCAACACUUCUUCUAGGAUCAUUUCUUUUCAUGAUCUCUUACACCAUCUAACUUAUUCAUGCAUUUCUUUCAUUUUCGUCAACAGCGUUGGGAUACCCUGACCACGCCCAGUCUAAAGAAUCAGUCUCCAGAGGCCAAAGGCCACGAUUUCCCUCAGGGGUCUUACAAACUCCAAACCACGACAUCGCUUUGAGGGGAUAUACAUAUGACUUGGACUUUUCUCAGCUAUAACGUGUUUAUAGGGACUUUAAGGAAACCACAACAGUAAUGGAAACCAGAAAGUUAGCUAUCCUUUCCCCAUUUUUAUGAAAAAAAGCAACCCUCCAUCAACACCUACAUCUGUAAUUUUUAUUGCAAUUGUGCCAGGUGGAGAAUCAGACGACUAGUUUCUGGCCGAGAACGUUGGCUGUUAAGGACCAAUAACAUUCGUACAUUUUUACUGAAACGAAUAAAGGGCUGUCUUUUUAUUAAUAUCAAAUGAAAAAUGACAUCGGAUGAAUAAUACCAGGAUAAUUCCAAAAUUUUGAUCUUUAAGUAUUGGAAAUAGUCGAAUCAAGUAUUGGGAUUGUGUUUAAUACUAAACCCAAAUGCUAAAUGCUUUCUAAAGCGUAGAGGUACAUAAGGUCAGGGAACUGGAGAGCUAGGAUCACUACAAGGCAUCCGGAUCGGUUCAGCAAAGUUUUGAAGAUUUAGGGAUUGAAUGCUGAAAGUUCUGAUCAAAGGCUUGGUAAUUAAUCUAUAUUACAGGUAUACAAACAAACUCGAAAAGCAUUCCAUAAUUAAAGACCUUUUUUCUGUUCUCAGUUCUAUUUCUGCUAUUAUCAAUCUUUCUUCGUGGUACUUCUUUAUUUCCGUGCUCAUUUUGGCCGAUCACUUGAUAAUUGAAAACUAACCCGCCUAUCCCGCAUAUUUAUUUUUCAGCCUGAAAAGGGGAAGAGCUGCGUUCUGUUCAUAGUUGCAUCCCUUUCGUUGGGAAUGACCAUGCAUUCUCUCUGCUGUGCGUUUCUUCUAAUUUCGUUUUAUUUUCCCUUCAAAAAAGACUAAUAAUAAAUAAUCGUCAUUUUCACGUUCUUGUCUAAUUCAUGUAUCAAUAUAACUUUGAGAUAUAGCUCUAUUGGAAUCUAUGCAAAAUACCUCGCGCAGCUGACUGGUUACGAAAGACAUAAGCAAAUUUCUCUAAUGUUGGAUUGCCUGGAAAUAAGGAAACGAAUCAACAUUCGCUGUUAAAAAAAAGCACUGACAUAGUUUGCUUUAGUUCGUGGGUUUUUAAUACAGCUUUGUUCUCGAUUUAUGACGUAAUUUUUUUUAGUUCACUCUCGAGAAAGAUUACCUGCUGUUGCUUACUAGUACUAGCUGUUGUUGACUUGCAAGACCGUCAAAUUUCGUAACGCUUAACAUCUCGCCUGUCUUGCACUUUAAGUCAGAGUUGUAUUUAAAAGGUUUCUUUUAACCUCUCAGGUUCUAAAAGGCACAGUUUGUGUAUCAGAUAACUGCACCAUAACACGGCAAUUAAAACAUGACAAAGUUACAGAGGGGAAAGUUGCAGAUGACGGCUACUCACGAAGC